UAAUUUGCCGAUUUUUAUGAUUGAUGAUUAAAUUUACUUCUACUACAGAGUACAGACUGUCCAAUUAAAUAUUUACCUAACCAAAGUGAAGAUUAAAAUUCUUUCUUUUUCUAAAACCUAUUUGUGGAGUUGGCGAAAUUCAUUUGAAGAGUAUGGCCGCACAAUUGUUCAAUCGAAUUGGUCAAUUAGGUCUUGGCCUAGCAUUAGCUGGGAGUGUAGCUAAUACAGCAUUAUAUAAUGUUGAUGGUGGUCAUCGAGCUGUCAUAUUUGACAGGUUUACAGGAAUAAAGAACACCGUAGUUGGAGAAGGAACACAUUUUUUGAUUCCCUGGGUACAGAAGCCAAUCAUUUUUGAUGUUCGCUCACGUCCCAGGAAUGUUCCAGUCAUCACUGGUAGCAAAGAUUUGCAAAAUGUUAAUAUCACCCUCAGAAUAUUGUUCAGACCUCUUCCAGAACAAUUGCCAAAAAUAUACACUAUUUUAGGUGUAGAUUAUGAUGAACGUGUCUUACCCUCAAUCACCACUGAAGUCUUAAAGGCUGUAGUGGCACAGUUUGAUGCUGGUGAACUUAUCACCCAAAGAGAAAAUGUUUCUCGUAAAGUUAGCGAAACUCUUAUUGAACGUGCCGGACAAUUUGGUGUUGUGUUAGAUGAUAUUUCAAUUACCCAUUUAACCUUCGGUAAGGAGUUCACUCAAGCUGUAGAGUUGAAACAAGUAGCUCAACAAGAUGCAGAAAGAGCAAGAUAUUUGGUAGAAAAAGCAGAGCAACAGAAACAGGCUUCUAUUAUUUCUGCCCAAGGAGAUUCUGAAGCUGCAUCUAUGUUAGCAAAAUCAUUUGGAGAUGCAGGUGAAGGUUUAGUCGAGUUAAGAAGAAUUGAAGCUGCAGAAGAUAUAGCUUAUCAACUAUCAAGAUCUAGACAAGUGUCAUAUCUUCCCCCAGGUCAAAACAUUCUUCUUAACUUACCAGCACAAUAAUUUCCAAUAUUAUAUUUAGAAGCUAUUUAGACAGUUAUGAAUUUUUUUUUGCCGCCACAGUGUAAUAUAAAAUCCAACUAUACAUUAAAUUUGUAUUUUUUUUUUUUUUUUUUUUAUGUUAAAAAUAUGAAAUAUGAUUUUGUUGCAAUAAAAUCAUAGUUAUAUAGGAAUGGGAACUUUAAAACCAGUUUUUUUUACUUAUAUUUUAUAAAUACCAAAACAACUGCUUAAAGAGUCUAAA